AUGGAUUCCCAGUGCGCGAUUCCCUCAAACGACACCGCCGCAGAGGCGAGCCCAGCCACAGAAGUCCACACCGAGUUCCGAUACAUAGAAGCCUACGAAGACGCGUGCGAUAGAUGCGACCUUUUCAACAUGCAGAAUGCCAUGUCGCAGUGUCGAUCAUGUGGAUGGCGAGAAUGUCGUGCAUGCACCAUUGAAAAUGGUGGACGCCGAACCCAUCGGGUCCAAGGCAGGACGCACUUCUCACCCGUUGAUGUAAAUGAGUUAACGGCCCAGGCGACUGCUGAUCAUGAACAGAGAGUGGCGAGACUAGGAGGAUGGAUGGCAAUGACUAGACGGAGGGGUCAUGCCAGAAGAUGGAUAUAUACUAGUAGAAGGAGGGAAGGAGAACAGCCUACUAGAGGGAGGGGGAGGAGAAACCGACGAGGCCGCCGGGGAAAUCGCCAACGUUGUCAAGCACCAGCACCAGCACCAACGCCUGAAGCUACUGCUGCUCCGUCCCCGGCAGCUUCUCCUAACACAGAGGAAGCAAUAUUGAAUGAUGCUCGAGCUCCCGAGACAGCAGAAGGUGCGGAGAUGCUGUAUGCUUUGGGGCUCGAAGACUCUGCUAGUCGCAGAAGUGAAAGUGUAUCGCCCACCACUGAGGAAGAGAGAAGAACUAUACGUGCCCCCUUUCUCAUCCUGGCGAAACGUGCCCGCGAAGAAUUCGAAACCCAACAGACAGACAGGGUAAGUGAGGAGUGAAUGUGCCACGUCAAUCAGAUAAGUAUCUGUUGAUGUGCUGUUAUUCGACUUUUGCUCCUGCAACAAACUUAUGCGCUUCGGCUUCAUCAUGUGUCAUAGUGACACGGUACCAUUUUCCUUCAGUUCUCCGAAAAGUCGGUGGAUAGUCUCUGUUUUUAAAUGCUUGCACACUGGGUGUGGGACAGACGGGCAGAAAAGACAUUCCGGUGAGAAAUAUGAGAGCUGGAUUUCAUCAUAGGGAAGAUAUUCCGAAAAAGGUAGGCACCGACCCCCUCCGCCGUUCUCCGGUAUGUCUGUUGCCUGAUGCCAGCGGAAACUGGAUUGUGAGUACUACCAUGGCAGGAUUGAGCUAAUACGCCAGAGGCAAAUCCA